AUGGCAGCCGUCGGCGCAGUCCUCUUGGAGUCCAGGCCCUUCCGGCCUUUCAAGUCCUCCGAGGAGUACUUGUAUGCCAUGAAGGAGGACCUGGCGGAAUGGUUGACCGUGCUCUAUCCUGAGCUCAGAAUUAACGCUGACAACUUCUUGGAUAGAUUGGACACGGGCGUCGCCUUGUGCAGGCACGCGAACGCUGUCCGAGAGUCGGCAAAACAGAUCCUCGAUGGCUUGAACACGGACACAGAGGAAGCCCUAACCCUGGCCAGAGCUCUUAGGGCGAGGCCACCGGUCAACAUGCUCCCAGCGGCCAAAGCGGGCACCUUUUUCGCCAGGGACAAUCUGUCGAACUUCAUAGAUUGGUGCAGAAAAGCGCUGGGUAUUCUCGAAUGCCUGCUCUUUGAAACUGACGAUUUGUGCUUGCGGAAGAACGAGAAACAUGUGGUUCUAUGCUUAUUGGAGGUCGCGAGGAAAGGAGCGGUUCUGGGUAUGCCGGCGCCGUUGCUUGUUCAAAUGGAAAAACAAAUCGAAAGGGAGUUAGCCGGCGAGGAACUGCGCCCAGAUGAUUCUGCAUUGGGUCUGGUACCAUCUGGGCCUCAACCUCAGUUGGUGACGAAUGAUUUGAGGAGUUUAGAUGAGAGGGUCAGGGAUUUGGUUGAACGUUGCUCGUGUCCAACACAAUUUCCUAUGGUGAGGGUUUCAGAGGGAAAAUACAGGAUUGGUGAUACGAGACUGCUGAUUUUCGUUAGGAUUCUUCGGUCUCACGUUAUGGUAAGAGUUGGCGGUGGCUGGGACACUCUAGCUCAUUACCUGGACAAACACGACCCUUGCCGCUGCAAAGCUCAGCACAGAACCUCUCUCUCCGCCCGCCUAGCUAGACCUAAACAAGAUCUAGCCGGAGCCACAGUCACAUAUGAAAGACCAGAUUUCAAGCCCUACGAACCAGUAUCUAUGCCAUACCAAAAAGUCUACAACGACGAACCCAGAAGUCUCCAAUAUCAAUCCAAUAACAAAUUGGAUGCCCCUACCAGCUUGCCAUAUUUUGGGGACAUAGACAGAGCAGCCAGCCCCAGUAGAAAACACUUAGCCCCACGAACCCAGAGUCCAGGAAGAUGUUCGUCUUCUCCGGAUCGGAGGACCAAAAUUGUCGCUUCAAAUCAUUUAGUUCCUACGCCUCUGGGGGUUAGGAAUAAAAGUCCCAGGCCAGUGUCGCCAGCCCCAGCUGUCGAGAGCGCUUCGGACAAUGGUUCGGAAGUGUCCGACGAGGGCUACAGGAGCUUGGGCGUGGUCGCAGGUUCGACCCAAGGCUCUCCGUCUACGAAAACUACGAAUAGAUAUUCCCUGCACAGCCAGACUUCCAUGGAGGACGCAGAUUUCAGUGAGCGUCUCGACCACGACGAUGGCUGCCAUAUCGAUAAGACUGAACGCGUCGACGACUACGUCAGUCUUAACACUGGCCUUCGCAAAACUGACUUCUCUGACACCUUCUAUGGAGGGAGGAAAGCCAAUUCAGAAGAUAAGUCAAACCGCGCUAGUCCGGAAUGCAUAGUUGUCCACGAAAACAACGAUUCACCGAGUAAAAGCCUCCGACCGACUCGCGAAAUAAGCGAAUCGCCGACGAAAACCGUACGCAGUCGACAAGCCAGUAGAAUACCCCAUUCGCCGGUGCGAAACAGAACUCCUAGCAGAGGCAACACUCCAAGCCCCAAACACAUGGCGCAGUCCUCACCGAAACUCAUGCCUAAAUUACCACCUACAGCCAGAAAUACGUGGGGAGGAAGAACAGCUCCGAAUCAACCUAAGACUAAAGCCAGACCUACCAUCGGGGCGGACACUUUUGAGAACCCGAAGUCUCCCAAAACAAAGCCUAAAGUACAGAACGAGGCGUUCAAACGGAAUUCUCCUCUCCGAGCCAGCAGUGCCACUUUAAGGUCGCCUCCUCAGAAGCCACUGAGCCCUCUUUUGGAGCAGAUCCUCCGUUCGGCGGAGAGCGCAAAAGACGACGCCACAGUUUUGGAGAAAAUGAAAGAAAUAAUUAGGACCUAUUCGAAAGGAGAAGAUUCGUUAUCGAGGGCCAGUUCCAAGGACUCCGAUUACGCCGAUUUCACCUCAGCCUGGGUGAUGUCCGACGGGAAAUUGGAACGGUCCACUAGCACCCGGCAAUUAGCUGCACCCAGAAAGGACAGAGUGAGCGGGGCAUCCAGGAUUCCGGCUCCGGUGUCGAUCGGCUGCAGGCGGUCCACGUCCACGACGCAAUUCCAAUGA